CCCCCAAGCCAGAGGACCUGCAUUCUCCGCCAUUGGGCGCAGGCUUGGCUGACUUUGCCCAUCCCGCGGGCAGCCCCUUAGUUGACCACAGCAUGUUUGAGAAUUUGAACACAGCCCUCACUCCGAAGCUCCAGUCGAGCCGUUCCUUCCCCCACCUGUCCAGACCUGUGGCCCCCAGCUCUGCCACCCUUGGCUCUUCAGAGCCUGGUGGGCCAGGAGUGAGGGUGGGGAGCAGCCAGCACCUCAAGAACCUAGGCAAAGCCGUGGGGGCCAAAGUCAACGACCUCCUGAGGAGAAAGGAGCCCUCGGGCCUCAGCAGCGUGGGUGUGACGGAGAUCAACAAGACUGCGGGGGCUCAGCUGGCUGGUGGGGCUGAUGGGACAUCAGGGGCCUGGCUAGAGGAUGAAAGAUCAGUCCCUGAGGACUUCCCUCGCCUGGAUCCUCCACCUCCCAUAACCAGGAAGCGAACCCCUAGGGCCCUGAAGACCACCCAGGACAUGCUGAUAUCAUCACAGCCCGUCCUAAGUAGUCUGGAGUAUGGGACAGAGCUGUCACCUGGGCAGCCCCAGGACUCCCCUCUCACUGUCCAACCUGUCCCAGCAGAUGCUUCACAGCUGGAGGCCACCAUGGAARAUAGGGACGAGGUUCUGCCCAAUGGUGAAGUUUCCCUAUCGGUUCCUGACCUAAUUCACAAGGACAGCCAGGAUGAAUCUAAGUUAAAGGCAACUGAGCACAGAAGAGCCUCCUCCCCAGGCCUCGUUGAGAGGAAUGGCCUCAAACUCAGCUUGAGCCCCAUCAGCCUGGCCGAGUCCUGGGAGGACAGUAGCCCCCCUCCUCGGGCACGGACCUCCAGCCUUGACAAUGAGGGCCCUCACCCAGACCUGCUGUCCUUUGAGUAGCCUGUGAUCUUCCUCCAAGCACCCCUCUUCCCUCUGCUUUCUCUUCCACUGUGCCCAGGGGGCCCUGGCCCUAGCUCUACCAUGCCCUUUGGUCUUCCUUGUACAAGGCACCUGCAAAAAGCUGAUCUCCACACAAGUUGUUGCAGGGUUAAAAGUCCACAAGUAAUUCUAGUCGAAGAGUCUAUCUGCAGAAUGGCAAAAGGACUCAGGUGCCAUCCUUGAUCCUAAUUUCUGUAAGCUCCUCUGGGUGUUGAUUGUAGCCCAGGGGUACUAGAGCUCUUUCACCCACAAGUUUGUUCCAGCUUCCUACCGAAUUAUAGGGCUACCAGCUCAUCAUCAGAUGAUGGA